AUGUCAUUCCAGCGCAGUUCCGCUCUCGAGAGCCAACCGACCAACUGGAGGCGUGAGGACGACCCCGAAUACGCCGACGACCCAGAGUUCCGCGACUUUGCCAGCAAGAUCUCUGAUGACCUGUUCGCUUUGACUCGGAAUGUUGCGCGCCUCUCGACCGAGCUCUCGAAGCUGGGGACGAAGCAUGAAACAGAACGGGUACGGGAAAGAGUUAAGAGCACGACCGAGGAGACGGCAGACAAGUUCAAGGAGAUUGGCGAGGGCAUCAAGAAGAUUAGCCAGUGGCACGAUGUCGGGCCGUCGCAGAGAUUCACACAGUCGAAGCUUAGCCGCGAGUUCAAGGCAUCCCUCACGGAGUUCCAGCAGCUUCAGAAGCAGGCUCUCGAGAAAGAGCGAGCGUCAGCAUCUGCUGCACGUGCAGCUCUUGACGACCAGGCAUCACCAAGCGCGGAGCGCACCGACUUUGGCCAGCAGCAAGAGCAGGAGCAGCUACGAUUGGCGAAUCAAGACGAGGUCGACUUCCAAGAAUCGCUCAUCAUUGAGCGCGAGUCUGAGAUUCGCAACAUCGAGCAGUCUGUCGGCGAGCUGAACGAGCUCUUCCGUGACGUCGCCCACAUGGUGCACGAGCAGGGUGCUCAGCUCGACAUUAUUGAGGAGAACGUUGAGGUCACGCACGAUGCAUCGAGAGGCGCCCAUGUAAACCUGAAGCAGGCGAGCAACUAUCAAAAGAGUGCGAGGAGUAAGGCCUGCAUCCUCCUACUCAUUCUGGCGAUCGUUCUGGUCAUCAUCAUCCUCGCUGUGGUAUUGGACUAA